UUCAUGUAGUCAGCUGUUUUUGCGUGCACUGUUUGUCAAAUUAGACAACCGUAGAAAAUAUUUUAGUCGAGAAUUUUUACGAAAGCUUUAGAAACGUAACAAAUAUAAAGAUACGUUAAACAAAAAAUGUCGGUACCGUUUGUUGUACGGACGCACUCACGUCAAGUAUGCAGCCUUUACAAGCGGGCACUGCGAAAUCUAGAAGCUUGGUACGAUCGCAAAAACAUUUUUCGCUACAGAGCGGUGCUUCUGCGUCAGCGUUUUGACAAAAAUCGUUGUGUGACCGACAUGGCGGAAGCAGCGCGAUUGCUAGCCGCUGGCGAGCAAGAGCUAUUUGAAACGAAACAUUUUCAACCAAAGUUCUUUGCCAACAGUGCUGGUGGUUGCGCAUUUGAACGAGAGGUAAUUCCGCCUGAUUGGGUUCUCGACUACUGGCAUCCGUUAGAGAAGGCACAAUAUCCGGAAUACUUUGCAAAACGGGAGCAACGCAAGAAGGAGUUUGUUACAUGGUGGGAAAAACAGUACGGCAAACCAGAUCCCAAGGACUUAGGACACCAUUGAGUCUAAGCCAAAUAAAAGUAAGGUUAAAAACGAAAUAUUGUGCAGUUAGAUGAAAACAACAGAAAAACGGAUAUAUAAACAUCAUGCAACAAUACAGAAUAAAGGAAAACUUAUUCAAAACUUAAAAA